GAUCCACAGCACUGGACCGGAGGAGAACCAGGUGAAAGAGGUCCUAUAGUCGGCCCAAGGAGCUCUGGCAGGUGGCUGGGCAAGCGGUCGUGAGGAGCAGACGGCUUUGGCCUGGGAACCAGAGAGGAUGUGAGCAGUCUGAAGCUGAGGAAGGAGGGUCUGAAGGCUGUGAGUGACGGGGUGGGGAGUCCCUGGCCUUACUCCUUCCACCUUCCAGAAUGACCCCAAACUGGCACAGCUCCUUGAUCCUCACGGCCUACAUCCUUAUCUUUCUCACUGGGCUCCCUGCCAACCUGCUGGCCCUGCGGGCCUUCGUGAGCCGGGUCCGCCAGCCCCAGCCUGCUCCCGUGCACAUCCUCCUGCUCAAUCUGACCCUGGCGGACUUGCUCCUGUUGCUGCUGCUGCCCUUCCGGAUCGUGGAAGCAGCGUCUAACUUUCGCUGGUACCUGCCAAAGAUCGUGUGCGCACUCACGGGCUUCGGCUUCUACAGCAGCAUCUACUGCAGCACGUGGCUGCUGGCGGGCAUCAGCAUAGAACGCUACCUGGGAGUGGCCUUCCCUGUGCAGUACAAGCUAUCCCGCCGGCCUCUGUAUGGAGCGAUCGCUGCUCUGGUGGCCUGGGUCAUGUCCUUCGGCCACUGCACCAUCGUCAUCAUCGUUCAGUACCUGAACUCAACUGAGCCGGUGGGCACUGGGAGCCAGUUAACCUGCUAUGAGAACUUCACCCAAGAGCAGCUGGAUGUGGUGCUGCCAGUGCGCCUAGAGCUGUGCCUGGUUCUCUUCUUCGUCCCCAUGGCGGUCACCAUCUUCUGCUAUUGGCGCUUCAUGUGGAUCAUGCUCACGCAGCCCCAUGUAGGGGCUCAGAGGAGACGCCGGGCGGUAGGCUUGGCUGUGGUGACGCUUCUUAAUUUUCUGGUGUGCUUCGGACCUUACAACAUGUCCCACUUGGUGGGGUUCUACUUGAGACAGAGCCCUCCAUGGCGGGUGGAGGCUGUGGUGUUCAGCUCCCUCAAUGCCAGCCUGGACCCACUGCUUUUCUAUUUCUCUUCCUCAGUGGUGCGCAGAGCUUUCGGGAAGGGUUUGUUACUGUUGCGCAAUCCCGGCUCCUCAAUGCUGGGCAGGGGAGCCAAAGAGACAGUGGAGGCGACCAGGAUGGACAGGGGUGGCAGUCAAGCAGAGGGGGUGCCAAGUUCUGAUUUCGUCACUGAGUAGAGACUUUCCCAGAUCUUCCCUAGCCUCUGGGUCACCCAGAAGUUGGGCUGGCUAGUAGAGCACCUGGAACUUGGUGAAAGAUAAAAAAUGAAAAAGAUCCUCCCCAACCCCGCCCCGAUGCCCUCUCAGCUUGGCGGAACAGCUUGACUGAAUUUUCCUGCUCCAGG